CCCAGGAGGGUGAGGAGCACCGAGCCUACAGCCGGUGUGUGUGCAGGGAGCCCGCAGCGCCCUGCCCGGGCCGAUGCAGGCCGUGGUGCCCCCGGGCAUGGCCCUGACCCCGCGGGACGGCACCCGCGUGUUCCAGGACUUGGAGCUGGUGCAGAUCCCUGUAAUUCAAGAAGAAGGGCAAGGAAAGAGUGCAGGAAGCAAGGCGGCAGAGAAAGCAGCAGACACGCUCCUGAUGGAGGUACAAAUUCUGGACAAAAAACUGAACCCAUCAGAAGAGGGGGAAGGAAAGGAAGUUUUUUCCACUGUUGGGGAAGCAAAGACUCAGAGCUGCAAAGGGGGUGAUGAUUUGUCAGACUUAUUCAAUGGAAGUAAAGAGCAGGAAUAUCCAACUGCAUCAGAACAAACAGUUGUAAGAAAUCUCAAGAAUCUAAAAUUUGAGGCUUGUGCUCCACAUCAGGAUAAAGGAGAAAAAGAAUUCAACUGUUUUUUCUGCACAUUCACCUCAGUCAAGUUAUCGAGUCUCAGGCGUCAUUUGAAAACCCAUUCGGAUGAGAAACGUCACGCGUGUCACCUCUGCCCCAAGGCCUUCCGUACAGCAGCUCUGCUGCACAACCAUGUCAACACACAUACAGGGAACAAACCCCAUAAAUGCAGUGAGUGUGACACAGCCUUUGUGACCCGAGGGGAGCUUGCACGACACAGGAGGUACAAGCACACUUUGGAGAAGCCUUUCAAGUGCACUAUAUGUGAAUACUCCAGUGUAGAAGCCAGCAAGAUGAGACGCCACGUUCGCUCGCACACCGGAGAGCGGCCCUACCCCUGUCACCUGUGCAGCUAUGCCAGCAAAGAUGCCUACAAGCUGAAAAGGCACAUGUUGACUCACACAGGUGAAAAACGCUAUGAAUGUUACGUUUGCCAAGCCAGAUUCACUCAGAGUGGUACCAUGAAAAUCCAUGUGUUACAGAAGCAUGGAGAAAAUGUGCCAAAACACCAAUGUCCACAUUGUAGUACUUUCCUUUCCCGAAAAAGUGACUUGGGUGUCCACCUGAGGAAUCUGCAUUCCUACAUGGAAGAGGCCGUGAAGUGCAGGGACUGCGAGGCAGCUUUCCACGAGCGCUACGCCUUCCUUCAGCACAGGAAGGCCCACAGGAGUGAGAGGAGCUUCAGGUGUGCUCAGGUGUGCACGUGUAACCAGAGUAAUAUGUGUAAGCAUGCUGAAAACUGUGGAUUGGUGAAGGCAAAAACUGCUACACCCAGAAAAGGAAGCAAAGGCAAAAAUAAAAUCCAUGAGAACGCGAAGCGUGCUAAGCCAGAAGUUGCCUUGAAAUCAUUCCCAGAUGACUCUACUGCGAAAAAUGAACAUUGUGCCAGUGAGAUUGUUCCUGUUUCAGAUGGGACAGAAACAGCAGCUCCAAGGGAACACAGAGCAGAAGCAACUCAUUGAAUGUAUCCUCAACAUGAUGGACCAAUAAUGCACAAACAGAGUGGUCUUCUUUGUCCUCAGCAGUUGUAACCGAGCAGUUCAAGGGUGGAACUACCUUCACUUAGAA